GAGGGAAAGUAGAGAGAGAAAUGCACGGCUUCAAGUCGGCAUCUCUAAUCAAGCGUUGUCUUCGCAGCUCUAGCUUCAUCUCUGGCUACUGCAGAAGCCUUGGCUCUCUCUCCUCCAACAAUGCCCUCAGCGAUGAUCUCGACGGUUCUAGUUGAAGGGAAAGGUUGGUCCAGAACUGCAAUUCUCAAUAGACCCUCUGUUCUCAAUGCCCUCAACACUGCUGUGGGGGCAAGGUUACAGAAGUUGUACAAAUCCUGGGAAGAUAACCCUGACAUUGGUUUUGUGGUGUUGAAGGGAAGUGGCCGGGCAUUUUGUGCUGGUGGUGAUAUUGUUACUCUAUGCCAUUUAAUAAAUGAAGGGAACAUAGAAGACUGUAAGGAAUUUUUUGGAACGUUAUAUAGUUUUAUAUACCUCCUAGGUACAUAUUUGAAGCCACAUGUGGCACUCUUGAAUGGGAUUACUAUGGGUGGUGGAGCUGGGGUUUCUAUACCUGGGACAUUCAAGGUUGCAACUGAUAAAACUGUUUUUGCUACCCCUGAAACACUAAUUGGUUUCCAUCCUGAUGCUGGGGCAUCAUUUUACCUCUCACAUCUACCUGGUCACUUGGGGGAGUAUUUGGCUCUCACGGGAGACAAACUGAAUGGAGUCGAAUUGAUUAGCUGUGGACUUGCUACGCACUAUUCAAUCUCUGCCAGGCUUCCAUUAAUUGAGGAACAACUUGGAAAACUGGUUACCGAUGAUCCUUCCGUUGUUGAAACUUCUCUAGCCAAGUAUGGCGAUAUUGUCUAUCCUGAUAGGGCGAGUGUACUUCACAGGAUUGAAACACUUGACAAAUGUUUCAGCCAUGACACAGUUGAAGAAAUCAUCGAUGCUCUGGAAAGUGAGGCAGCGAAAACACAUGAUGACUGGUGUACUUCAACCCUAAAGAAACUACAACAUUGCUCGCCAUUAAGCUUGAAGGUUUCCUUAAGAUCUAUACGGGAAGGUAGAUUUCAGACUCUCGAUCAGUGCCUGGUUCGUGAGUAUCGGAUGUCCUUACAAGGAAUCUCUAAACAGAUUUCUAAUGACUUCUGUGAGGGGGUUCGGGCAAGAGUGGUGGACAAGGACAUGGCACCCAAGUGGAACCCUCCGAAUUUGGAACAAGUAUCCAAGGACAUGGUAGAUCAGUAUUUUUCACCUCUGAGCGAAGUUGAGCCUGAUCUAGAGCUACCCAUCAAACAGCGCGAAGCUUUCACAUAGUUGAGAAUGUGCUUCUCAUUUUUGUUUUAUGUUUUCUUAAUCCAAAAGUGUUGGGAGUUCGCAGAAGGAUAUUGGAAACCAAAAGAAUUCAAAGCCUUCCAUGUUUUCCCCUGAUCUCUCUCUCUCUCUCUCUCUCUCUCUCUCUCUCAUUUUUGGAGUGGAUGAAUAUUAAGAUCGUUCUGUUGCAUAAUGAAAAUUUAGGAUAAUAAAAGUUGCCCAUAUUGGUCAAAUUUUACCGGAAUCAUUUUUUUUUUCUUUUUGAAGAACAGAAAGAGCAUCUUUCAUUUACCUUCCAGGAUUGCAAUUUCUUGCCAUCACUAUUGAGGUGCAGGAACUGAACUGCAGAUGUAUUAUCAUUUUUUUUAUUAUUUUAUUUUUUUAGACAAGAUGCUUGAUCAUCAUCAUCAUCAAAUAAUUAAUGAAGGUAAUGAAGUUAAUCA